UCUAACUGGUCUAUCUUCUCAUUCACUAAGCUUCCACCCACCUUCCUUCCAUAUCUCCCUAUAUAACUCUCCUCCCCUCAUCAUCUCAACCAACUUAAAGAACCAACAAGCUGCUGCAAUGGAAGUAGCCAUGUCACCGAGGCCGACUUCGCCGGACUUCCACUUCACCAUCUCCACCACCGCUCCAUCAAGUCCUCGCCUUUUCGGCGAGCCCUUCUACGACUUCCAUUACACCAGCGCUCCCACCAGCCCUACCCGAGCCGCCUCCAUCUUCUCCAGCUUCUUCAACUACGAUAACGACAACGACUUCGCCUUCGACUCCGGCCGCCUCUCAGUCGUUAACCCGUUGCCGGAAAUCUCCACCGCCGACGAACUUUUCGACAACGGAAGAAUCCGGCCCCUCCAUCCUCCUCUUCUCCCAGUUGAAAGGGGCAGGAAAAGAAGUUCCUUUCCAACUAGCUCCGAAAACAGAGCAAGAGUUUCCAGAUCGCUUUCCCCAUUACGAGAUCACAACAAAACUGAAGCUUCAAAUGUCCUCCCGAAGAGCGACAGUGGAAGAAGGAAAUGGCGGAUUAGGGAUUUGCUUCUGUUCCGAAGCGUGUCGGAGGGGAGAGCCACCGGCAGAGAAAGCAGAGAUCCGUUGCGUAAUUAUUCUCUGCUUCCUUCCUUCUUCUCUUCGAAUUGCUCUUCCUCUUCAUCACCAGCAAGCAGUAAGAAAGGAGGAAGAGAAGAAAGCAAUGGUACUCCGGCGAGGAGAGGUGGCCGGCGGCAGGUGGCUUCCGCCCAUGAGAUGCAUUAUACGUCGAACAGAGCGACGGCGGACGAGCUUAGAAAGAAGACGCCAUUGGCUUAUCAAAGACAGGGCUUCUUCGGCUUUAUUCAGUACAAUCCAGCCAUUCGUAGCAUCACCAAAGGAUUCAGCGGCAACUCUUCCAGGCCAUGAAUCGUAUAAAUAUACAGCAAAAGAUUCAUCUUUUAUUGUUUUGUUCGAUAGGAUACAAUCAAUUCGUUGUUUUGUUUGCGUUUUAAGCUGAAGAUCGUAAAUAAUAAUUUAUUGUAUUUGUCGCUUCAAAUCCAUUUAAGAAGAGAAGUCGAAAUUGCUUAAUAUUUUGACGCUAAAUAUAACAAUCAAAUUUUUUCUUAGAGUAAAUGAAAAAUAUUUAAUAUUCGUUCUUAUAAAUUUUGAUGAGGAUACGCUCAUCCAAAUUAGUUAAAACCAGUUUGCAUUACGUAUUGUUAACGAACACUGUAUGUGGACACCUCUCUGUCCAUUUGUGCCAUGUGAUCAAAUUUUUUUCUUUGAAAGUAAAAUAU